UUAUUCAAAUUUGUGUGUACCUACAUUACCUUUUUCUUUUUUAUAUAUCUCGGAUAAAGGAGACGCGAAAUUUGCAGGUGUGCGACUAGUCCUGUGUCUGGCAAGUUACUAAAGGGGUGGUUAAGCUGAAUGGAAAUGUUGACAACCUUUAAUUUAUCUGAUCAGAGGAAGUAACCAAUACUUUCUGGAGAGGUAUUUUCUCUCCGCUGUUAACCAUUUAGCUGGUUGAAGAGCGCGUUUGUUCCUGUUCCUUCUGACGCACGCUUUAGCAGUUAUUUUAAGAUACUUUUUUUUGUUUGUUUGACAAAGUUUUUGAGGAAACAGAAAAUGAAGAACAGACCAACUUUUAGAAGAUAGCUUAUGACAGUCUGCGCGUGAUAGCGAUCUUUCAAAUUCAUGUUUUGGUAUUGUUGAGGGGGCGUUCUGUCAUCGUUACAUUUGGUGACUGUUCUACUAAAAAGCGCUUUGCUUUGGAAUCACUUCGGAUCCUGAAACCUGUUCGUUUAUAAAGCUGGAAGGGAACCCGACCCGACUACUUUAAAUAAACACAAAACGGGACACGUACAGUAAGAGGAAAAACUGAGAGAAAACUGUCGCUUUAACCAGGGAAGUGUUAUUUCUGAAUUGAAGAACUGAAGCUGUCUUCCCUGCCCCCUGACUAUGGAAACAGAGGCUACAGAUGGCUAUCUUGCUAGUAACGGUGACCACUCUCCCAGAAGAGAACACUCCAGCAUGGUGGUGGACCUGUCCUCAAACACUCCCAAUGGGCAGCACUUCCCAAGCACAAAACUAAUCAAGCUAGAAGCUCAGAGUGAUGAGGAGUCAGAGCACAGGGUCCUGGCUCAGGAAGAGGGGGUCCCGAGUGUGGAGGAGGUGGGCGGGAUGGAGGAGCCCCUGAUGGGUAGCCACAAUGGGCUUCACGAACACAGCCAGGAAGCGGAGGGGCCCGGCGACGGAGGAAUCCGACUGCCCAACGGUAAACUGAAGUGUGACAUCUGUGGGAUUGUAUGCAUUGGGCCCAAUGUGCUAAUUGUUCAUAAGAGGAGCCAUACUGGCGAGCGUCCGUUCCAGUGUAACCAGUGUGGAGCCUCGUUCACUCAGAAGGGGAACCUGCUCCGACACAUCAAGCUGCACUCGGGAGAGAAGCCCUUCAAGUGCCCUUUCUGCAGCUACGCCUGCCGCCGCCGCGACGCCCUCGCCGGACACCUCCGGACCCACUCUGUGGGCAAGCCGCACAAGUGCAACUGCUGUGGGCGGAGCUACAAGCAGCGCGCGUCCCUGGAGGAGCACAAGGAGCGCUGUCACAACUACGUGCAGAGCAGCCGUCUGGACCCUGCCACACACGCUGGGGCACUGCAAGCUCCUACCGUUGAAGAGGGGAAGGAACAGGAGCCCAUGAUGGAAGGGAUGUCGCUAGUGCCUUUUGAAAGACCGCCUGUGAUCGAGAGGCUGCACAGCAAUGUAGGGAAACGGAAAAGUACCACGCCUCAGAAAUUUGUGGGUGAGAAACUGAUCCGGUAUGGCUACCCAGAUAUGCGCUACGACAUGGGCCUCAAGGAUGCAGAACUGGUGCAUGCCCACAUGAUGGACCAAGCAAUCAACAAUGCCAUCUCCUACCUGGGGGCCGACUCCCUGCGGCCCCUCGUCCACCACCAGCCCGUGUCCAUGGCAGACGUGGUGCCCAUGAUGAACCCGCUGUACUCUCAGGUUUACCACCCGGGCCGCGUGGAGAGGCCCAGCAGCAGGGAGACCCCUCCCGUGAACCUAGACUUCCCAGCAGACAGACCUCUCUCCCUCAUCAGACCAAAGAACCCGCCCGCCGAGCACGAGGCCUCGCCCAGCAACAGCUGCCUGGAGUCCAUUGACUCGGAGAGCAGCAGCCACGAGGAGCGCACGGGCCAUCCCAGCAACCCAGCCUUCAACCCCAAGAGCAGGCGGAGCAGCCCAGCCUACACCAGGGAGGAGCAGAGGGCCCUGGAUGCGAGCAAGGCCGCCGCUGCAGAGGCAGCAGCAGCAACAGCAGCAGGAGUGGUCGUCCCCUCCCUGAGCCCUUCCAGAAACCAGUACAGGGUUUACAGCGGGGAUGGGGAGCAGGUCAAGGCCUUCAAGUGCAAGCACUGUCGGGUCCUCUUUCUGGACCACGUCAUGUACACCAUUCACAUGGGCUGCCAUGGUUACAGAGACCCUCUGGAGUGCAACAUCUGUGGGUACCGGAGCCAGGACCGGUACGAAUUCUCAUCUCAUAUCGUUCGAGGAGAGCACACAUUCCGCUAGGCACUGAGCCAAAGGACACAAAUGAAGUACAAAAAAUACGUGUAUACAUAUGUAUAUGUGUGUGUACAUAUGUCUAUGUACAUACAAUAUACAGGUAUGUAUAAAACAGUCUAGGAAGGUCUGCGCUUAGAAAUAUGAAUUAUUUUACUUUUAUAAUUUCAUCUUCCAACAAACAAUCUAAAGGAAGAUUUUAGAAGUGGGAGAGAGGGCUUAACUGUUGUAUGGGAUUUUUUUUUUUUUUUUUUUUACAUGUGUAUUUUCUGUAGUUCAUACAGUAUGAAUCUUCCUCACCGGAGCAGCUAUAGACAGAUUUGAUUCUGUUGCAUUAAUUUAUACCCUCUUAAUUCUUUCUGUCAUAAGAAUUUGCCUUUCCUUUAAGUAAAUGUGGUUUUUAGUUCAAACAGGAGAGAUCUGUCAGUACUGAUCAGACACAAAUUAAUCGGGUGAGUGCAUUUUCUUAUUUUUUUAAAUCAGAAAAGCGCACGUAAUAUGUUUUUGCAUGGAGGGAUUUUUGUAGGUCUCCUGGUAUUAGUUUUAAUUGAGUUCAGUGGCCACCCUUGAGAGUGAAAUGAUUAUUAAUUCAGACUUAAGCUUUGGUGCCACUAUUUGCUCUGUCUCUUGUUUGCAGCAGCAAAGGAAGAAGGGAGAAGCACACAGUGGUUAUGUAAUCCCUAGACAUAUGUACCUAUUUAUACUUUGUGUUGCAGUUGUAUGUUUGUAUCAUUAUUAACUGUAAGCAUUACUGUAAGCAAGUGAUGGCUCACUUUGCUUGUGGUACUUUCUGUUUUACUCAAGAUGAGGGAAUAUGAGCCAGUUUGAUGUUAUACUGGGAGCCGACAGUCAUUUCACAAUGUGGGCAUAUCACUCAACUCUGGCACUGGGUAGACGUAGCUAGAAGCAGUUUGAAAGUACAUCUUAUAAAAGAUGGGUGAGAUUUCCAGAUCUUACUGUAGUGCAGCUUACAGUAACCUCCUUGCAUACUUCUUAUCAGGCAGUUGAGCUCAGAUACAAGCUAACAGUUUCAAACCCUAGUGGUCUAAACGGUGGAGUCUCUGGUGACAAGGCAUCAACCGCACCGCAGCUCCUCAUUGAAGCAUUAGACACCAGUUCAUAAAUUUCGUUUUAGCCUCUUUUGCCAUCAUAGACCAAAUCAGAAUUCAUUUUAACUCUUUUACUACACGAUUCCUAGGUAUCCUCUCAUGGCUCCUGUGGAUUGUAAAGCAUAGUAUUUAAAGAGCAAGCGAGAAAGACAUGUCCGAUUGGGGUUGUUUACUGAAAACAGUACUGUAAGCAGCAUUAAACCGUGAAACCCUCCUUACAUUUCUAACAAUGCCAUUCAUUAUUUUAUAAAAUAAGAGAAGAUUUUAGCUGUUUUAUUUUUAUACACUGUCAUAUAAACAGUAUUUAUCAGCUGAGGUUUUCACAAUGCACAUCAGCUAGAGUAGAGUAUCUGACAUUGGUUCAUUUCAAAUUCAAAUCUAUCCCAGAAAGAACUCCCUUUCGACACAUACUGUACACAUACAAUGUAGUGUACGCACCUCAAUGCUAAAACUACAUCUUUCAUGCAGGCGGUCAUUAUAGACAGGUUCGAUGGCACUUCAGGGGUUGUUUGUAGGUGCUCUUUAGCGUAUUCAAGACUUGAGUGUUAUGUUUGCAUGUUUCUCGUGCAAAAAUGACUGGCAUCGAGGUUCUGGCACUUGAAGGUUUUUAAUUACCUUACUGGCAUCAAAUUUAGAAAACUUUUAGAUAAGGGAACACGGCUUUACUGUGAAACCUCAUUUCUAUAAACCAUUCAGGUCUUCACUCUCCAUAUGAAGCGGCUGUAUUCUACUUGUCGGGUUUAUUGAAGGCAGUCAUUAACAUGUUCUGUUUGGAAGCACUGAGCUAUUGGCUAAACUCAUUAGACGCAGGACUUUUCUAAGAGCUUUUCCAAAAUAAUAACCCAAAUCCAUGCAGGACCUAAGAUAGGUCAAGGUACUGUCUGGCCAACCAGGUGUAAACCAGCCUUUACUUCCUGGUUGGGACCCAACAGGUUCUGGGUUACCUGGUGGCAAGUUUAGCAGAACUAAUUGAUUAUAAAUGGGUUGCAUUCAGUUUUCCCUUACUUAUGCACUUGCCAAAAACAAUCAGUAAUUAAUGUAACUAGGAUACAUACAGAUUUUGUAUUUAAUAAAAUGUUUUUGUUUUAAUUUUACAUUGGGAGUGAAUUACCAGCCCGGUGUUAUGCUGCUGUCUAUGAAUAUUGUAUAACAACUGUUUUUCAAUAACCUUUGCAGGGACUAGAAAUAAGUCUCCCGUUGCAUAGCACUUUGAUCCAUUCCAGUUUAAUAAGACACACCUGAGCUUGUUACGUAUACACUGUGGUUAAUCAAGCCCAUUGUAAAAGCUGGAAUGGGUGAAGCUGCUGUGCAGUCGGAGUCUUAUUUCCAUCCCUGCUUUGUUGGACUGUACUUAAGGUCCCUGCAGAUCUGCACUGGUUAGUGACAAGAGGACCAUCAUGCAGCACAUGUUUAUUUCACCUUGAGGAUGAACACUUAUGUAAUUACAACCUCAUGACUGGAGAAAGCAUGG